AUGUCUAUACCGACUGCAUCAUCCCACGGAAAAGAAAAGAAAAAGGCAAACGGGUGGGGGAAUGAGAACGAGGGAGAGGGAGAGGGAGGGAGACAGAGAGAGAGAGAGAGAGAGAUGCAGAAAGGAUCAAGCGUUCGCUCUUGGAUCAUCGAGAUGCUCGCCGCCUCGCCCAUCUUUGCUUUACGUCAAUGUAACGUACGUUCGAACUCUCCUGGCGACUGUGCGUAUCCUCUCCCUUCGUUUCUUCUUCCUGCUGCUGCUGCUCGUCCGUCCAGCUUUGCUUCUGCUUGGUCCUGUGGCGAAGUCACUGCCUGGUCGGCUAUACUGGUCCUCCUUUGUUUCAAGGUUGAUUAUAGGCUGCAAGAAACGCCGAUGGGGACACGGGGGAACGGCCCCAUGAAUAUACGAAGUUGCAGGGCCCUUCCUGCUACUGUGACUCCGGCUACUGCUCGUGCUGCUACGACUGCUACCACCGCUACCACAGUUGCCAACUCGAGGCUCGCGCAUGUACUCCAUGUACCACGGGAUAGCCACCCUUAUCCCCCGCAAGGGACCAGGCCGCUAGUCACUACUAGCAACUAG